AUCGGAGUAAAUCUGAGUUUUGAAGUACUGCUCCAUAUUAUUCUGUGUAGCCCACACUGUUUUCCACUGCCCAGGCUGUUUUUCCGCUGUCCGGCGCCGUUUGCCGCUGUCCGACGCCUUGUGCCGCUGUCCGACGCCUUGUGCCGCUGCCCGACGCCUUGUGCCGCUGUCCGGCACCGUUUGUCGCUGUCCAGGCACCGUUUGUCGCUGUCCAGACACCGUUCGUUGCUGUCCAGGCGCCGUUUGUCGCUGUCGACACCGUUUGCCGCCGUCCAGGCGCCGUUUGCCGCUGUCUGGCACCAUUUGCCGCUGUCUGGCACCGUUUGCCGCUGUCUGGCGCCGUUUGCCGCUGUCCGGCACCGUUUUCCACUGUUUCGUCAACAGAUAGGGUCCCCAGAUUGCAUUCCCAAGGAUGUCUGAGGUAAAAUUUAUUCCUUUGGGUCCUAAUGAUCUUCCAAAUAUGAUAGGUGCCUAUCGGUUGGAUGGGCGGAAUUUCUUACAAUGGAGCCAGUACAUUCGAAGGAUUCUCAAGGGUCGUUCAAGACUAGACCACAUAGAUGGUGGAGGACCAGAACAAGAUGACUCAAACUUCCUAAUGUGGGACAAUGAAGAUUCACUAAUUAUGACUUGGAUGUGGCAUUCCAUGGUUCCUGAGAUAAGUCGAAAUUACAUGUUUCAUUCUUCUGCCAAGGAGAUAUGGGAUGAUUUACAAAAUACUUUUUCAUUAAAAAAGGAUUUUGCUGCAUGUUAUGACAUUGAAAGCAGGAUAUUUAGAACAAAACAGGGCUCACAUUCUGUAUCAGAAUAUCAUGGAAUUUUGAAUGGUCUUUGGAUUGAAUUAGAUCAAUACCAAACAAUAAAGAUGUGUAAGACAGAUGCUGCCGCACAUGCUGAAGUCGUGGAAAGAGGAAGAAUCUUUAAAUUUCUCCAUGGCCUAAAUCAAGAGUAUGACCCAAUCAGGGUACAGAUCUUAGGAAGAGAAAAAUUAUCUUCCUUAUCAGAAGUAUUUUUUAUGGUAAGAGGAGAAGAAACUCGAAGAGCUGUCAUGCUUGAUGGGGGGAUCUCCAACACAGGCUCUGCCAUGACAACCGGAAAGGGAUUCCACAAAGGAACGAGCACUGGAGGAAAGUCAUUUGAAAGAGGAAAUCGUGGAGAUUAUUAUACUGGAGGAAAGUCAUUUGAAACAGGAAAUCGUGGAGAUUAUUGUUCAUUUUGUAGAAGAUCUGGACAUACCAAAGAAACAUGCUUCAGACUCCAUGGUAAAAGUAAUGUUCUAGAGCGUAUGAGGAAUAACAAAGGGCCUACUCAAAAAUGGGUAAAUCACACUACCUCAGAACAGGAAGCCACCAAUCAAUCUAAUGUUUCUCCACCACCAGAUCUUGACAUGAAAGCUUAUAAGGAAGAACUCGACCGCUUGAAAGCAAUGGUUGAAUCAAUGAGUAAGCCCUCUGGAUCAUGUACUCUGUCCAUGAAAGGAUCUUGCCACGGGGAAGACGAUUUUAACUGCUAAGGAGCAAAGUGGGUUGUAUCUAUUAGAGACUAAUGACCAAAGCACAACAAAUAUUUUGAGUCUACAAGCUACAUCUGAGACGUGGGCAAACUCUCAAAUAUGGCUUCAUCAUAAAAGGCUUGGACAUCCUUCAUUUAACGUUAUCAAGUCUUUAUUUCCCCAUUUGUUUACCAAUGAGUCUGUUGAGUCUUUUAAUUGUGAUAUUUGUCAAUUAUCAAAACAUCAUCGUGCAUCUUAUUCUAUUAGUAAUAAAAAGAGUACUUCUCCUUUUGAUUUAA